AUGCCGGAUAGUAAAUCAAAUAAUGCAGCUAUAGAUGCUAAAAGGGACAUUCGAAUCUCAAAAUCACUUGCUAAACUGUUGAGGCAUAAUGCCAAAAGUGAAGGUCUUUCAAUAGAUUCAGAUGGCUAUGUUCCACUGUCUGAGAUUAUCAGCCAUAAUUAUAUGAAAACCAACCACGCAACAAUUGAUGACAUUAUGCGUAUUGUUGAAACGAAUUCAAAAAAGAGAUUCAAACUAAAACAAACAGGUGCUCAUUCCUACCAUAUUUGUGCCCUCCAAGGCCAUAGUAUACCAUCUAUUGCCUAUGGACAAUCCGAGAACUUGGCUCCCAUAGUUGAUACAUGGCCGAAGUUUAUUGUCCAUGGUACCUAUGUUGAAAAACUUCCACUUAUUAUAGAAUCCGGUGGGUUAUCCAAAAUGAGCCGAAAUCAUAUCCACUUCACAUUUGCCAUCCCCGCCAAAUUCGCAAAAUACGUCAGCAAUAGCGAUGACGAUAUAGGCGGAACAGUAAUAAGUGGUAUUAGAAGCUCCUGUAACUGUUUGAUCGUCAUGGACGUGGAAAAGUUAAAAGGCUCAAAUUUACCCUUCUUUCAAAGUAAAAACGGAGUAAUUUUAUCCCCUGGUGACCAAAACGGAUUCAUUAGUACUGAUUUUAUUGAGAAAAUAAUAGAUCACAAAAGAGGUGACAUUACGAAAUCCAUACUAAGUGGGAAAUGA